AUGAUUGAAGGACAUGUUGGCCUUCAAAAGAUUAUGAAGGCCACUCCUUCUAAAGCUGCUUUGGUCAUCCGAAUCAACUUGGUUUUCCUUGCUUUCUUUUUCGUUGUCUAUGCUGCCGUUCUUCUCCAGCCGUCUUCCUCCAUCUAUUAUGAGAACGCAGCUUCUCUCAUUAGGUGCUCGUUGCGAGAGUGCCAUCACAAGAUGGAUAAUGGAGUUAAGAUCAUGAAGCAAGUAUUGGAGGAGACCAAAGUCAACAUACCGAGGCCUAAGGGAAAUAUGAGCAAGAUAGAGGUACCAAGCUUUUUGAAUGGGGUUAUGGGGAAGGGGAUGAUGAAAAUUGGUAUGGUUAAUAUGGAAGAAGAUGAUGUGAGUCAGUGGAAUAGGCUAGGGCAGACCAUACCCAUCCUUUUCGACCGGGUAUCGGAUUUAUUCAAAUGGGAUGAUUUAUUUCCCGAGUGGAUCGAUGAAGAGGAAGAGAGUGAUGUCCCAACUUGCCCGGAGAUACCAAUGCCCGAUUUUCGAAUCUACGAAAAGAUGGACAUGGUGGUGGCAAAAUUGCCAUGCAAGUAUCCGGAAGAAGGGUGGAGGAGGGAGGUGUUUAGGCUCCAAGUUCAUCUCAUAGCGGCAAAUCUGGCUGUGAAGAAAGGAAAGAGGGAUUGGAAUAGGAAGGCAGCUAAAGUGGUGCUAUGGAGCAAGUGUAGACCAAUGUUGGAAAUAUUUGGGUGCAAUGACUUGGUGAGACAGGAAGGGAAUUGGUGGUUGUUUGAGCCAGAUAUGGCUAGGUUGCAGCAAAAGAUGUCAUUGCCUAUUGGCUCUUGCAAUUUGGCUUUGCCUAUAUGGGGACAGCAAGGAAUUGAUCAAGUGUAUGAUCUGACUAAAAUCCAAAGCACAACAAACAAACCCAAACGAGAAGCCUACGUCACAGUUCUCCACUCCUCCGCUUCCUACGUCUGCGGCGCCAUAACCCUGGCAAGGAGCCUCCUCCAAACCGGAACCCAACGCGACCUUAUCCUCCUCCUGGACGACUCUAUCCCCGCUUCCAAACGCGCCGCUCUCUCCGCCGCCGGGUGGAAGCUCCGGUUCAUCCAAAGGAUCCGAAACCCGAGAGCCGAAAACGGCACCUACAACGAAUACAACUACAGCAAGUUCCGCCUCUGGCAGCUCACCGAAUACAACAAAGUCAUCUUCAUCGACGCCGACAUCAUCGUCCUCCGCAACCUCGACCUCCUCUUCCACUUCCCCCAAAUGUCGGCCACCGGCAACGACGUGUACCUCUUCAACUCCGGCAUCAUGGUCAUCGAGCCCUCCAACUGCACGUUCAAGUUCCUCAUGGACCACCGCGAAGACAUCGUUUCGUACAACGGUGGCGACCAGGGCUACCUCAACGAGGUCUUUGUGUGGUGGCACCGGCUGCCGCGGCGGGUCAAUUUCCUGAAGAAUUUCUGGGCGAAUACGACAAUCGAGGCCAGCGUGAAGAACGAGCUGUUCGGGGCGGACCCACCAAAGCUUUACGCCAUACAUUACUUGGGGUGGAAGCCGUGGCUCUGUUACAGGGAUUAUGACUGUAACUGGGACGUGGCGGACCAGCGCGUCUACGCCAGUGACGUUGCGCACGAGCGGUGGUGGAGGGUGCACGACGCCAUGGACGGGAGGUUGCAGAGGUUUUGUGGGCUGACCAAGGUGAGAAGGACUUAUUUGGACUGGGAACGGAGAAAGGCGAGGAAAUUUGGGUUUCCUGAUGAGCAUUGGAAGAUCAAUGUCACUGAUCCUAGACGGAAGCAUUUGGUGGCAUAG